AUGGCGAUGCGUCUGAUCCAACGCAAGCGCUGGGCCCUUCCCAAGCAAGACAGCAGCAUCGCCCCACCACAUGUGUGGAGCAAUGCCGAUCAAGAUCCGGUUCCACCAGAAAAAUGGACCUGGACUGGAUGGACCUUUACGCAGUAUUGGCUGUCGGACUUGGUCACUGUUUCAACGUGGUCUGCGGCCAGUUCGGCGUAUGCAUCUGGCCUCUCUGCAACCGACACAGUGUUGUUGACACUGGUCGCAGCACUGUGCAAUGCUAUACCCACAGUCCUCAAUGGUGCCGUUGGCGCUGACCUUCACAUUCCGUUUCCUGUGGCUAUUCGGGCAAGCUAUGGCACGUACUUCGGGUACUUCUGUGUUGCCUCGCGUGCUGCGCUGGCAAUGUUCUGGUUUGGUAUCCAGAGCUCUUAUGGAGGGCAAUGUGUAACUCCGAUCAUCACCGCUAUUUGGCCAAGCUACGCCAAUCUCCCUAAUCAUUUACCAGCAUCGGCAGCCAUCACGACGCAGGGCAUGGUAUCCUAUGUCAUAUACCAUGUCAUUCAAACGCCGUUCCUCUUCAUCCCCACCCAUAAGUUACAAUAUAUGUUUAUUUUCAAGUCCACUCUUGUACCACCCAUGGCACUAGCUAUGGUCAUCUGGAUAUCUGUCAAGGCUGGAGGAGGAAGUGCGAUAUUCCAUGAACCACCUACUGUUCAUGGCGCCGAGCGAGCAUGGCUAUGGCUUACCAAUAUGACUUCAAUCACCGGCGGCUUUUCAACACUCGCGGUCAACAUUUCUGACUUCUCGCGCUUUAGCAAGAGGCCUGGCAGUCCAGUCUGGCAACUGCCGAUGAUUCCUCUCUUCAAAGUUCUCACCGGUCUUUUUGGUAUCAUUGCCGCCAGUGCGUCGAAGAGAGUGUAUGGUACCAUUCUAUGGAGCCCAUUGGAGAUUAUCGAUGAGUGGCAGGGCUCUUCAGGGGGACGAGCCGCAGCCUUUUUCUGUGCAUCGCUAUGGUUGUUGGCGCAAAUUUGCACUAAUGUCUCCGCUAAUUCGAUAUCUUUCGCAAAUGAUAUGACAACCAUGUGUCCAAAAUGGUUCAAUAUAAAACGUGGAAUGAUCCUGUGCAUGAUUUUAGGAGGAUGGGCACUCUGUCCCUGGAUUAUCAUUGAGAGUGGAAAGACAUUCCUCAGCUUUAUGGGAGCCUAUUCCAUAUUCAUGGCACCCUUUGCAGGCAUUCUUUGCUGCGAUUAUUGGAUCGUUAAGCGACGCAAAUACGACGUACCAGCGUUGUACGAUCCACGAGGAAUAUACUACUACAAGCUUGGCACAAAUUGGCGUGCCUUGGUUUGUAAUUUGGCGGUUAUUGUGCCGCUUCUCCCGGGAUUGGCACACUCGGUGACACCUGAUAAUGUCAGCAUCGACACCGGGCUGCAACAUCUUUAUGCUAUCAACUACCUUUAUGGCUUCUGCCUUUCCUUUACACUUUACUUUGUGUUGAAUCAUUUCUGGCCCGAUCAAGCGACGCUGAUCCCAGCAGUCGUUCCGGGGGUGGUUCGCCCUCUAAAUGCCGUUGAUUCGGAUUUGGAGGCAGAAUUCAAUGUGGACAGGAUGGUGGAAUCUGCUGAUAAAUUGAAACACUAG